CGCCGGAUGUAAUCACAAAUUCAGAACUUCUUAAGCAACUAUCCCUCUCUAUUCUCCUCCUCCCAAACCCCAAUCGGUUUUCCUCAUUGGAAAUGGUUUCGCCGGAAAAUACCGAUUGGCUCUACGAUUACGGGGUCGAAGAUAUCCCUAUCCCUGACGCGAAUUUCCAGGGUUUGGGAACUGGUUUCUGCUUGCCCGUGCCUGCCUUGAAUGAUUCUACUGCCAGUGCUGAACUUGAUGGAUCAUUUGGGGAUUCUGAUGGCCCAAAGGAAACCGGCUCCAAAAAACGGCCAAGAGCUGAUAGUUGUGGCUCAUCAAGUUCCAAAGCAUGCAGGGAGAAGUUGAGGAGGGAUAGGCUAAAUGAAAAGUUUACGGAAUUGGCUGCACUCCUUGAUCCAGGCAGGCCUCCUAAAACAGACAAAUCUGCUAUCUUAGUUGAUGCUGUGCGUGUGGUGACACAGCUACGUGAUGAAGCUAAGAAGCUAAAGGACUCCAAUUUGAAUCUGCAAGAAAAAAUAAAGGAGUUGAAGUCUGAGAAAAAUGAACUUAGAGAAGAGAAGCAGAGGCUGAAGGCCGAGAAAGAGAAGCUAGAGCAGCAACUGAAGACCAUGAAUGCACAACCUGGUUUCAUAUCUCCUGCCAUACCAGCUGCUGCUGCGUUUGCCGCUCAUGGUCAUGCAACUGGAGCUAAUUUUGUGCCUGUCAUCAGCGGCUAUCCAGGGGUAGCCAUGUGGCAGUUCUUGCCUGACACCUCUCAGGACCAUGUUUUCCGAUCUCCAAUGGCUUAAACUCUGUAGCUAUCACUGAUAAAGUUGGGUUUACCUGGUGCUUUAAUUUUCCAUUGGAUUUAUAACUGCCCAGUUUCAUUGUAACAUUUAGGUUUCAGAUCUUAACUCUGUUUGAUGAAUGACAUACGAUUCUUCCAUCUUCCCUGAAAAUGUAAGAAUGCGAUCUUUCACACCACGGACUGGAUGCUGGUUUUUAUUUGUAAAUGUCAACAAUUUAACCUGUAUUUGAAAUGUUAAUGGUUGUGAUUUAUUAUUUUAUGUGUUGUUUCUUUUCUUU